CUGAGUAGUUCUUCGGUGCCUGAUGAAACACUCACAUGCCCAAGAACCUCUUUGCUUUUAGCAGGCUUUUUUCCCCUAACUUAUUUAUUGCAUGCAUUGCUUCGUCCAUUAUAAAACGCACAAAUUAGGUACCAGUGCUAAAACAAGCCCUAAACACUUCAGUCUUACAGUCUUACAGAUUUUUUUUAUAUAAGACACCAGAAAUUAACAUUACUUCCCUAAAAUAACUCUGAGCCGCACUUAGGACUCGCAAGGAAGAUGCUGUAAAUAUAUAUCUAGCUUCACGGUUUUUUUUGCGUAAAUAAAUGGAGAACUUCACUUUAACCAACCACACGCUGGGCCCCUGGACGGACCACACAAUAGGAUACAAGGUAAUCAGCGCUCUUCUGGUCUUCACCAUUUGCGUAAUCGGGAUAGUCGGGAAUGUGAUGGUCAUCUUAGUGGUGCUCACUACGAAGCACAUGCGCACACCGACCAACUGCUACCUGGUGAGUUUGGCCGUGGCGGAUCUGACCGUGCUGACGGCUGCUGGGUUGCCGAGCGUCGCGGACAGUGUGUACGGCUCGUGGGUGUUCGGUCACACCGGCUGCCUCGGCAUCACUUAUUUCCAGUACCUGGGUAUCAAUGCGUCGUCGUGCUCCAUCACUGCGUUCACGGUGGAGAGGUACAUAGCCAUUUGCCACCCGAUCAAGGCACAGUCACUGUGCACUUACGCGCGUGCCAAAAGAAUCAUCCUUGCCGUGUGGCUUUUCACGUCCCUCUACUGCGUUAUGUGGUUUUACCUGAGCGACACGCAAGAGGUUGUGUACAGCGACGUGACCGUCGUGACCUGCACCUACAGAGUAUCCAGGGAACUUUAUUUACCCAUAUACUUCUUCGACUUCAGCGUGUUUUUCGUGCUGCCUCUCGCGCUCGCGACCAUCCUGUACGGACUCAUCGGGAGAAUCCUGUUCCUGAACGCGUUACCGAAGCAGAAGGUGAAGAACGGCCAGUAUGGUUCCGGUAUCAAACACUCAGUUCAGUGCUCGAGCACCACGGUGGCCUCGCGCAGGCAGGUGAUAAAGAUGUUGGCAGUGGUGGUGGUUCUGUUCGCCGUGCUCUGGAUGCCUUAUCGCACUCUGGUGGUGGUCAACUCUUUCCUCCAGCAGGCUUACCUGGACACCUGGUUCCUGCUGUUCUGUCGCACCUGUGUGUACCUGAACAGUGCCAUCAAUCCUGUUAUCUAUAAUGCCAUGUCACAGAAGUUCCGCGCCGCCUUCAAGAGGCUUUGCAGAUGCAGUUUGAAGGCUCAGGCCAAGCAGACAGCCUAUAGUGUGGCCCUGACCUACAGUACUGCAAAAGAAACAUCCAUGAUUGAGAGCACAGAGCAUUUUUCAACAGAGCUGGAUGAUCUCACAGAAGAACCAAAUGAUCUGAGAGAAUAACUGAAACCUAGUUAUAAGGAUAUUGACUGAAAUGGCUGGCUGAGUGAUUUUCAGGAAUAAUUUACAAAUAACAGAAUCCAAUACUGUAUACCUCAUUAAUGCAAUUAUCUAAUAGGCCGGUCAUAUGGAUGUGGUCUACUUCUGUUCUGUCUAUCCACUUCAAGAUGUAUCAUGUUGUGCAUUCUGAGAUGCUUUUCUGCUCGUCACAAUUGUAAAGACUGACUUUCUGAGUUACCAUACUGUAGCAUUCCUGUGAGCUCAAAUAGGUCUGGUUAUUCUCCACUAAACUCAUCAACAAGGUGUUUUAACAGAAAUAGAAAACUGUGUAUGACAGUCUCAGGAGAUCAGCAAUUGCUCAAAUUAGCACAUCUGGUACAGGGCGAAGUCGGAGGAAUCACAUCUCUUGAUUCUGAUGUUAAAAUGAACUAAAGCUUUUGACUUGUAUUUGCAUGAUUCUAUGUAUUGCACUGUACCACACGAUUGGCCGAUUGGAUAAUUGUAUAAAUGUUCAGGUGUACAGAUGUUUCUAAUAAAGUGGACUGUGAGCGUAUAUUCAGAUAACAUUGACUGUGAUUUAUACAGUCAAUGCAUGUUUACUUAAUUCCUUAACCACUUCACAACAGCUUUAACGUGAAGAAUUUGAGCACAUUUUAUUUUGUAUGUAGGGAAUCAGAACACAUUUAUGAUAAGUGCUUGAGAGAAAAGGUUUACAUCAGAAACAGCUCAUUUACUAAAAGCUGAUUAAGGUGAAUUCAAGUAUUUCUCAAAACCGCUGAAAUGCUUGGUGUAAAAUGACACCAGGAUGAAUUUUCAUUGUACUCUCACUCUCAGAAAAAAUAGUAUCAAACCUUAUUCUUUCUUGUUUCUGUCCCUGUGUUUUGUCCCUGUGUUACCCUGUGUCAAUAGUACAACUUUAGUAUCCUUUAUUGUAUCUUUCACAUUGAACUGAAAGAAAAUUAGAUACGUAAGGCACAUGAAUGGUCUUUACAGCAAAGAUUUAAAGACAUACACUAAAUAUACCUUUCCAGGUAACAGAUACACACUAAAUGUAUGUGUACCACCCCAGUGACUCAGUGACGGAGGAAAAGUACGGGUUAGUACCCUUUUUUCUGAAGGUAGGUAUGUAACACAGGGUUGCUCUCUGUAUCUGUAUCUGUUUACUGUUCCAAAUAUUUGUAUCUGUAUGUAUAUUCGGAUUUAAACAAAAAGUUGGUGUGGCCCAAACCAAUAGGAUUGGUUAUUUAUUUAUUUUUUAUUAAAUAUGAAACUUAUAUUUAUGCCUUGAGAAAGACACUGGGAAAAAAUCCUGUAAAUUACAGGAAAACUGGAGAAUUCACUUCACCUCAUGCCUGGAGUUAUAGUUUGCCUUAACUAAAGAUACACAAUGGAGAGAUUUUAAUCCCAAUUGUGCAGAUAUUAUAUUUGGUGUCUGUUGAUGAUUCUUUCUAACAAAUGUACUUUUUUCAUGACAUUUAUUUAAGCCUCAUAUCUGACUUGGUUGAGGCUGUUUUUAAAAGUAUAAACUUGUUUUUCCGAUGCACAAAUUUAAUCUUAUUCAGAUGCCCUUUGAACUCUUCUAACAAAAAUGAAUUGUGAAUUUCCUGAGUUUUAUCUAUAUUUGUAUUUAUUUAGACCACAUUAUCUGUUCAGUUGGAAUUAUGUAUUAAAUUACACCUCUAUCUAACUGUAUAAACAUUUCCAAUACAUCGUAGUUCUGUCGUUUGCUAUUAUGUAUGCACCUCUUCAGUGCAAUCAUGCUUUAUUCUAAUGGAGGUACUGUUCAAAGUGAAAUUGUGUGUGUGUGUGUGUGUGUGUGUGUGUGUGUGUGUGUGUGUGUGUGUGUGUAUGAUGUUUGCAGUACAGUAUUUGCUGCUACUCAUCAACAUGCCCUGAUAAAUAAUAGUUAUGCUAUGUUAAGUUAUGCUAAGCACUGGUUAAGAACUUCAACAGACUGCUCUUUUCAAGAUGAGGUAAAAAUGGAAAUGACACUUACAUACUAGUCAGUGAUUAAGAAGGAAAUUUAGAAACAUUGAGCCAUUGUGUAUCAUUUGUAGAAAAAAAAACCUUAACUUCUCUUUUCCUGUGUAUUUAUAAAUGUUUUGUGUUUGUGAGCGAUUUUGCCUUUUGCUGUUCAUACUGGAAGAUUAAAAUGCUGGUGUCUACUGUAUGCUGCUUCAAUUGAGCUUUGUUCAUGUGUAAAAUGAUUUAGUAACCAAAUUAAUAUAAUUAAUGUUACCAUGACCUGGCGACUGUGGAUAUUUUGUUGGUGUUUCUGUAUUUUUUUUGUAAAAUGGUUAUACUACAAACAUCCUGAUUUCCCCAAAUGAUGCUUUUAAAUGACA